AUGUUAGUUCUGGGUAUUGGGGUCAAGAUUCCAGUGCAUUCUCUGCAGAAACAACGAGUGGGGACUGAGGUUCAAGGGUGUGCCCUUGAAUCAAAGCUUCAAGCACCACUUUGGCAGGACGAUGUGGUGGUGAAAUGUUCAAAUUCCCCCAAGCAUCUUUUGAGGGAGAAAGCAAAUAAGAUGCCUGAUUUAAUAGACACAAGGGAUUCAGAUGAUGGGCUUGAAGUCAAGAAUUCAGUGAAAACACACGGCGAUCAAAGAAUUGCAAAUCCUUCGCCAUCUGCUGCCCUGCUAAUUGAUGAUUUGUUUGGAGACAGUUUAGAAGAUGGUGAGAGCACCAAUCCACAAAAAAUUGAUGAUGACCCUUUUGCAGAUGUUUCCUUCCAUGCCAGUAAUGGUAAUGAACAUGCUUCUGAUAUGUUUUCUGGGAUUACUGUUGAUACUGAAGCCCAUGUAACAGCUGAUAAAACUGGGCCUGAACCAUUUGACUUUUUUCAAUCCAAAUUCUGA